AUGUUGGCAUAUGCAGCGGAUGCCUUGGAUGUGAAUCGUCUGCGGAAUAGGGCCAUUCAGGUGUUGAUAGGCGGUGGGCUGCUGAUCUGGUACUUCACACCCGAAGACGAACACAAGCCCAAAGAGAUAUCGUAUAAGGAGUUCAAAGUCACUCUACUUAAGCAUGGAGAUAUUGACCAUGUGCAAGUGUUGAAUAAGACCGACGUGCUACUGUACAUUCGCAAGGGGAGACUGGGCCAAGACUCGUACCUGCGCAUACACCCAGAGGACGACACGGGACACAUCCGGUCUGCCAACCACCCGGAGUACACCUUAUCUAUUACGGACGCCGAACACUUUGAGCGGACACUGGAAGCGGAGCAGCGCAAUCUCGGGCUGAUGCCCUACGAGUAUCUCCCGGUUACCUACAGCAACGCGGUGGUCAUUGGCGCCGCAGACGUGCUCAAAGUCCUGCCCACCGUGGGGUUCCUGGCCAUUAUCUUCAUCACCUACCAACGUGCCAGAGGAAUGGGCGGGGGCAAAACAGGCCCUCCCGGCGGCAUGGGAGGGGACGGAGGGGCCAGUUCUAUUUUUAAAAUGAACAAGUCACGUGCUACGCUGCAUAAGCCGUCGGAGGUGAAGGUCAAGUUUGCGGAUGUAGCGGGGUGUACUGAGGCGAAGGUAGAGAUUAUGGAGUUUGUGAACUUCUUGAAGCAUCCCGAGGAGUAUGAGAAGCUGG